GAGCGGAGAAAUGGCGCCUCGAUGCUGCGCUCACUGAGGCGGUGUUUGGAGCCGGUCGGCGAGAUUCAAUGAGGACAGUUUGAAGGAGGCAGCAUGGAGAACACAAGGAAAAACGCUCGGAGCCGGAGCGGCACGUUCAUCUCCUCCAGGACCAGGUCGUCAUCGAGAAGACAGCGAAACUCUGAGGAACAUAAGGAGCCCGGCAGUGAUGCGAGCAGUCCCAGCAGUCCACGGUUGGCACCCCCUUCCAAACGAGCGCGGAGGAAGAGGGUGUCUGAGCCAAGCUCCAGUGACACGUCCCCGUCCCCUCAGGCAAAGGGCCAGAGGGUCAGCUGGGGCGUAACCACCUACCGCACCAGACUGUCAUCCCGCAAAAUGCAAAAUGGCCACGCUAAUAUGAGUCACAGAAAUGAGGAGAGCGGAGGGGGGGACCACUCCCGAAUGAAUGGCCAUGUGGAGCUGAAGAGGAGCUGCAGAGUGAGGAAGAGCCAAUUUCAACACCUCAAUCAGAGCCUGCUGUUCGACCAGCUGGUCAACAGCACUGCUGAGGCUGUUCUCCAGGAGAUGGACAACAUCACCAGCAUCAGGCAGAGCCGUGAGGUGGAGCGACUCCGCAUGUGGAAUGGAGAGACCGAGGAGGAAAACAUGGACAUGUAUUCCCGGGUGAAACGCAGGAAAUCAAUGCGCAGAACCUCGUACAACAUGCCUGCGCACCACAAAGUCAUGAGCAAAGACGAGGACGAGGAAGAAGAGGAGGAGGAGGAGGAAGGGACAGAAGAAUCUCAUGGAGAGGAAGAGGAGGAUGCAGAAGAUGACGAUGAAGACGACGAAGGAGAUGAAGUAGAAGAAGCGGAGGAGGAUAAUGACAGACGGUACAACCUGAGGCAGCGCAAGACGCUGCAGAGAUACGAGGCUCCACCGAUCGAGCCUGUGAACAGAAAGCAGAGCAACCCGUCACUUUUCGACACUCACAGAUCCCCAGCACGAAGAAGCCAUAUCAGAGUGAAGAAACACGCCAUUCACAGCAGCGACACCACCUCAUCGUCUGAUGAAGAGCGCUUUGAGCGAAGAAAAAGCAAAAGCAUGACCCGCGCCAGGAACCGGUGUUUGCCCAUGAACUUGACAGCAGAGGACCUGGCUAGUGGUGUGCUGCGCGAUAGAGUGAAAGUCGGUGCAAGCUUAGCUGACGUGGACCCCAUGAACGUCGACACAUCAGUGAGAUUUGACAGCGUGGGCGGCCUCAGUCAUCACAUUCAGUCACUGAAGGAGAUGGUGGUGUUCCCGCUGCUUUACCCCGAGAUCUUCGAGAGGUUCAAGAUUCAGCCUCCCAGAGGGUGUUUGUUCUAUGGCCCACCUGGAACAGGGAAAACCCUGGUUGCACGGGCGCUUGCCAAUGAAUGCAGUCAGGGAGACAGAAAGGUGUCUUUCUUUAUGAGGAAAGGAGCCGACUGCCUCAGCAAGUGGGUGGGAGAGUCAGAACGGCAGCUACGCCUGCUCUUUGACCAGGCGUACCUGAUGAGGCCAUCCAUAAUUUUUUUUGAUGAGAUUGAUGGUUUAGCUCCUGUUCGCUCCAGCAGGCAAGACCAGAUACACAGUUCCAUUGUGUCCACACUGUUGGCCUUGAUGGACGGCUUGGACAGUCUAGGGGAGAUAGUUGUCAUUGGUGCUACAAAUAGACUUGACUCUAUCGACCCAGCACUCAGGAGGCCUGGACGCUUUGAUCGGGAGUUCCUUUUCAGCUUGCCGGACAAAAAGGCCAGAAAACAAAUUUUGGAGAUCCACACCAGGGACUGGAAUCCCAAACUGUCUGAGCCAUUUCUAGAUGAACUUGCAGAAAAAUGUGUCGGCUACUGCGGCGCCGACAUCAAAGCACUUUGCACAGAGGCAGCCUUGAUGGCGCUGCGCCGCCGCUACCCCCAGAUCUACGGCAGCAGCGUCAAACUGAAGCUGGAUGUCACCUCCAUCGUCCUGGGGCCCGGCGACUUCAGCAAGGCAAUGAGGGCAAUAGUCCCAGCCUCCCAGCGGGCCCUGGUUCCCCCGGGCCGAGCCCUGUCCCCCACCCUCAGGCCGCUGCUGGCCACCACUUUCUCCUUGGUGCUGAAAGCUCUUCUCCGAGUCUUCCCCCACGCUCAGUGUACCGACAGAGACAACACGCAAGGCAGCGACAAUCAUCUAUUUGAAGAGGACGUGUUCAGUGAUGAUGACAAUGAGGAUGGCUCUGCCUCCAUAUAUGAAGUUCAUCCUUCAGCAUCCCCAAAGAGUCGGCAUUCCUCUUCUGCAGUGCACAGACCCUUCCUCCACUUCUCCUCUUCGGCGCUCCGACAGCCCACAGCCUACCGUCCUCGCCUGCUGCUGGCGGGGAUGCCCGGUUCUGGACAGAGCUCCCACUUGGCUCCUGCCUUGCUCCACCACCUGGACAAGCUACCAGUGCACUGCCUGGACUUGCCCACUCUGUACUCCGUCAGUGCCAAGACACCAGAGGAGUCCUGCGCUCAGGUUUUCCGUGAAGCUCGUCGCAGCGUGCCCAGCGUGGUGUACAUGCCUCAUAUCUCAGAGUGGUGGGACACGGUGGGUGACACUGUGAAGAGCAGCUUCCUCACCCUGCUGCACGAUGUGCCCUCUUUCAGCCCCAUCCUCAUCCUCGCAACUGCUGAGACUCCGUACUCUAAGCUGUCCAAUGAGGUGCGAAGUGUAUUUCAGAGGACCUAUGAGGAGGUGGUAACGCUGUGCCCUCCAGGAGAAGAGGAGAGGAGGAACUUCUUUUCUGAUCUGCUGUUGAUUCAAGCAGCUAGACCGCCGCCUUGCCCCAGGAACACAAAGAGGUGUGAAGAAGUGCUGCCAGUUGCAGAGCCUCCCGCCUCCCGGGUCCUGUCAGCAGAGGAGCAGCGCCGACUAGCUGAACAGGAAGAAAACACUUUGCGGGAGCUCAGACUCUUUCUCAGGGAAGUGACCAAACGCCUGGCCACUGACAAACGCUUCAACAUCUUCAGCAAGCCAGUUGACAUUGAGGAGGUGUCGGACUACCUGGAGGUGAUUAGGCAGCCCAUGGACCUAUCCACUGUCAUGACAAAGAUCGACACCCAGAAGUACUUGACAGCCAAGGAUUUCCUGGUGGACAUUGACCUCAUUUGCAGCAAUGCUUUAGAAUACAAUCCUGACAAGGAUCCUGGAGACAAGGUGAUCAGGCACAGGGCGUGCAGUUUAAAGGACACAGCCCACGCCAUAUUUGCUUCUGAGCUCGAUCCCGAGUUCGACCGCAUGUGUGAAGAGAUCAAAGAGGCACGCAAAAAGAGGGACUUCCAGUCGCCUGCUCAGUUGACAGCAACUCCAGGUGCUGUGCCAACUAGAAAGCAGCAGCAGUGUGCGGGGGAAGAACGGGUCAGGACCACCACUCCAAACGAAGCCAGCUACAAAUCACCCACUACAAAUCAUUUCAAGCGAAGGGUUUGCCGGCGACCAUCUUGGAAACGUGGCAUCAUACGAAAAAAGAAAGAAAAAAAGACCUACAAAAAAGAAAUGGAGGAGGAAGAUGAGCGAGAGGCAGAGCCGGAGGUAGAGGUGGAGCCAGAGGCAGAGGUGGAGGCCACAGGACCCAGUGACUCAUGUUUGACGCAGGAUGAGGAAUCAUCUUGUGAUAUUACAGGUCCCCAGCCCAACGGUCAUCCUCUUGGUCCCUCCACAGAGGAGGAGAGCUCCAAUGAACUCCCAGCUGUGGCUUCUGCUGAUCUCCCAAAUGCCAGUGAAGCAACAGAGGGACUUAAACCUAAAGAGAAGGAGGGGUCCACAGCCAAAGAGGGAAAGUCUGAGAGCAUAGAGCCACACUACCAUGAUGGCAAUUCCCUGCUGAAUGCAGAUGGGGACGGUCAGGCCAAACAGGCUGGGUUCCAGCCUUUGAUUGAAACAUUCAAGCCUUUAGAUGCUCAGGUCCAGCCUAAACACACACAGGCUCUCCUAGUUUCACAAGUGGGCUGUGUGAAUGGAACUGAGUCGAUGGAUAGUCUGGAUUCACACAGUCUCAAGAGCUGUAAGGCUGACACAAGGACUCCUCAGAGCCCCACUGAGGGCUGUAAGAGGCCAGAACAGGACGAGCACAAAGACGAGGAUGUCAGUAAACCAACUCAGGCGCAACAUCCCCUGGAUUGUGAGGCCCUUACAGAAACUGUUGAAAAGGAUCAAGACGAAGACGGUUCCAGCAUUAGGACAAGCAAGUGGAGCUUGUCAGAGCAGUUGAAAGGAUCUACUGGAAGGACAGAGGAAGAACCACAACCAGAACCUGCCUAUCCUCCAGUAGUGGUUGACCACCAUCGACUUCUGGCUCUUCUGGAUUUGGUGGUGAAAAAGAGUGAGGGCUACAGUGUGGAGCAGCUGGAGAGACUCUACUCCUUUCUCAGCCAGUGUAUCUACCAGCACCGCAGAGAGUACGACAAGACCCGGCUACUGGAGGAGAUGGAGGAGAGAAGCCAGCAUUGUGAUACAUUCCUGUGAGAUGGAGACGACACACCUUUCAGGUAGAUCCUGAACAGCCCUGGACCACGACGACACACACACACACACGC